AAUAAUAAAAAAAAAGUAACUAAAGAAGUCGGUAAAGAAUUGUAAAGAAAAAUAAUUUUGCAGAGAAAAUUGUUGAGGUUGAAGGAGGUGGUUGCCGGAGAGAAGUCACUCAAUUUUUUUUCUCGAUUCUGAGAUAGUAUCAUAGGAAAGUGAAUUGAAAGAUAUGAGAUCGGGUGGAGGAGUAGAAUAUGAAUCCGCCGGCUUGGGAAUGUCUAGCAGUUAUGCCGCAACGGGUGCUUCUUCAACCUCAAUUCCUAUUCAUUCCUCCAACCUUGGUUUUAAGUUGUUGAAAAAGCAUGGCUGGAGAGAAGGAACUGGACUUGGCAUUGCUGAACAGGGCAGAUUGGAACCUGUGCCAACUUAUAUCAAGAAAAAUAAGAGAGGCUUGGGAGCAGAGAAGUCAAAGAAGGCAGCAGAGCACCAUAAAAGUUCCGGGCUUUCCUUGGGCGGGAAGAAUGUAAAAGAUGGGGAGAAAGAAAAAGCUUCUGAUGUACAGAAGACAAAGGGAAUCUCUAAAAAGAUGAAGAAAGUACUAGAGUUUGAGAAGCACUUGCAAGAGAAAGAAUUUGAGCGAGCAUUUUUUAGGGAAUUCUGGCCAGAUAAUGUUUAGUUCGUUCCCUUGUCUAAUUUUGUGUUCCGCCAUAUAUUUCAGCCACAGUUGAUUGUUUCCUUUUGCCUCUUCGAUGAAUAUUCAUUAUCUUAGUUUUAAACAUAUUUAGAAUGAUAUCCAAUCUUGAGAUAUUUGUAAAUUGAAGUGUACGUUACAACAAAUGAAUAUCAAAUGUAUCAGUAUUUAAACAAGUACUUGGUCCGUCCCAUAUUAACCAAUUCCAUUGGCUUAGGUAUCUUCUUCAA